AUGGUGUUGCGGUUGAAUGGCUUCCUGCCCAAAGCCCUCUAUGGGAUGAGGGAUGGCCUUAAUUCACCUCAGUCCUACCAGGCCUACCUUAACGAGGCCUCAUUAGGCGGAGAGCCCCCAGGGCUCAGAUCCUUCACCAACACUCCCUCUUUUAAAUGCCUACUGGGUGGCUCCGCCCCUCCACCCCCAGUUAACCUGGAUCCCCACGACCGCGACCCAUUCGCCUAGAUCCUCGCGAUGGAGAAGGUGCUGGACGGAGCCGCGCUAGGUGGCAGGCAGAGCUCCGAGGAGCGGCCCCCGACCGAGCAGUCCCCGCCCUCGCCGCCCUCGCCGCGGUCGCCUGUGUCCCCGGAGACCCCUGACUUGCCGCCGCCCAACGCGCCGUCGGAGGUUGAAGCGCGGCAGCUGCUGGUGGAGGAAUGGGGUCCCCUGAGUGGGAAGCUGGAGCUGCCCCCGAGCCUCAGCUGGAAGCUGCUGUUCCUGGAGCGGCCGCUCUACCGCAACCUGCUCAGCUCGCCCAACCCUGAAGGGAUUAAUAUCUACCAGCCAGCGCCCCCAACUGGUCCCACCGGGAAACCCUUGAAGGACCUGGGUAAUUUCCAUGGAUGGUACAUUACAACCGAGCCCCUCCAGGGACCCCUCAGCUGGACUGUGAAAGAACAGUGUGUGAACCUGCUGGCCAAGAAGCUGUGGGAGGAGCUGCUGGAUGAUGAACAGCCGGACAUUACCAUCAUGGACUGGUUCGAAGACAGCCGCCUGGACCAGUGUGUCUAUGAGCUGCAUGUCUGGUUGCUGGCAGCUGACCGCCGCACAGUCAUUGCCCAGCACCAUGUGGCCCCCCGGACCAAUGGAAGAGGCCCCCCUGGCCGCUGGGUGCAGGUGUCCCACGUGUUCCGCCACUAUGGCCCUGGUGUGCGCUUCGUCCACUUCCAACAUAAGGCUAAGAACCGCAUGGAGCCUGGGGGGCUGCGGCGGACCAGGGUGACUGACUCCUCUGUGUCUGUGCAGCUCCGGGAGUGACCGCUGACCAGCGCUCUCUGAGACAGCCCUCCACUCCCCAGAUCUCAUGGAAGUCUCUGGUGUUUGUCACCCCUGAGCUUUUAGCAUUUCCCUCAUGCUUAGCACUUCCCAGUCCCUUCAGCAUAUCUGUCUGUCCUUAGCACAGCCUAACCCCUCCCCAGUUCCCUGACCCUCAAUACUUCCUCUGACCCAUUUUCUUCACUCCUUCCUGGACCUACCUUGCUCCCUUGCUCACUCCCAGGCCCUUCGUGAUUGCUUCUCUCUGACCAGGUCCCUCAAUCUUCCUGGUCUUCCUUGGGGCCUUCUUUGACAUCACACAUCUCUGGGUGUGUGACUCUGGGCUCGGGCCACCCCUUGUAAACCCAGUGCUUGUCACAUAGUAGGUCCUCAAUAAACCUUCCCCGUGGG